GCGCAGUGCAACGCCGAGCUGAUCACCUACAGAAACAUUAGAUAUAUAAGGAUUGGAGAUGGCUAUCAUCGAGGACAUCAAUUAAACUUCACAGAAAUCUCUCUACAAAGAAGCGACCGGCAACUGAAACAUUUAUCACAUAUUUGUUUGCAUCUGACGAACGAGUUGAGCCUUUGCAAUAAUUCGGGAGUUGAAAUCAUAUACGGAAAGAGCAGGAUAGCGCGAGAAAAACCAUCAUGUUUUCGAACAAGAGCGUCGCUUUCUUUGGCGCGACAGGAGGAAGCACAGCACCAUGUCUGGCACAAUGUCUAAAAGCAGGCUACACAUGCACAGCUCUCGUCCGGAAUGCAGAGAAACUCACUACUCUCCUGGAAACCUCACAUUCCGUACCGCAUGAACUCAUCUCCAAGAGCCUAACGAUCGUCGUCGGCAACGUCAAAGAUCCCGUUCCAGUAACCCAAACUCUCUUCCCCGCCAUCCUCAACCCCUCAGACCCCACCAAAGGAAACAAGUCUGUCGACAUUAUCGUCUCAGGCAUCGGCUGCUAUCCUAUCAUAAAGAAAGGACAUUGGUUGCCGGAGCAAGAAGAUCCUACCCUGUGCCAAGACGUCAUUUCCACAAUUCUCAACUCUUUACGCGCACGUCCACCCCUCGUCAAGCCUGGAUUGGCAAUGCUAUCUACCACAGGAAUUAGUAAGUUCGGAAGAGAUGUACCACUUCUUAUGGCGCCUCUCUAUGCGUUAUUGCAUGUACCGCAUCUGGAUAAAAAGGUCAUGGAGGACAUGGCGAUUGCGGCGGUUAAGGAGGAGCGGGCGCCUAUUGGGAGCUACGUUUUGGUGAGGCCAAGUCUUUUGACUAACGGGGAAGCUAAAGGAGUGCACAAAGUGAGGUGGGAUGUUGAGAAUGGGGGCAUUGCCAAGAAGGCUGUAGGGUAUACAAUUUCGAGGGCGGAUGUUGGAGGGUUUGUUUUUGAGAAGGUGGUGGGGCCGUUUGAGAGCGGCAGAGACGAGGGAAUGGGGAAGAUAAUUUUGGUUACCUAUUGAUCACUGGUUUGCCAGUCCUGUUCAAUGUGACUCCUCUUUUGGUUUUCGGUGCAGGGUUGCAAGGAAGGCGGAAUAUGCAUGUCGAAGGCGCAUGAUAGGGGGUUUGUUUUCACGAGAUUUUAAAGCAUAUGGAAGCGGGAAGGACAAGCAAAUGGCGAAUAUCACUUCGAUUACUCAUUGAGCGGUUUGGCUGCACCUGCAAUAGUGAGGCGUUCAUAUUAUGAGCUUGCCCCAUUUCGCUCCAGUGCGAAUCGAGC